AUGGGGGGACACCCCCGCGGGACACGGGGGACACAAACAGGAACACGGGUGGGGGCACCCCCGGAGGGGGCCCACGCGCCCUUGCAGGUGAAGAGGAAGCUGAACUUGGAGACGGAUCACCAGUACAUAGCAGAGAGUUUGCCAGUGAGCCGGGGCAAGGCCAGGAACCCUGCCAAAGGGGCAAAGUCUCCUGGAGAGAAGUCUCGCUAUGAAACCUCCCUGAACCUCACGACCAAGCGCUUCCUGGAACUGCUGAGCCAGUCCCCAGAUGGUGUGGUGGAUCUCAACUGGGCGGCCGAGGUCCUGAAGGUGCAGAAGAGGCGCAUCUACGACAUCACCAAUGUCCUGGAGGGCAUACAGCUCAUCACCAAGAAGUCCAAGAACCACAUCCAGUGGCUGGGCAGCCAGGCCACCGUGGGAGCGCCCGGCCGGCACCGGCUGCUGGAGAAGGAGCUGCGGGAGCUGCAGGCGGCCGAGCGGCAGCUGGAUGACCUCAUCCAGAUGUGCACGGUGCAGCUGCGCCUGCUCACCGAGGACCCCGCCAACCAGCACGCAGCCUAUGUCACCUGCCAGGACCUCCGCAGCGUCGUGGACCCCGCGGAGCAAAUGGUGAUGGUUAUCAAAGCCCCCCCGGAGACCCAGCUGCAGGUCUCAGACCCAGCAGAGGCGUUCCAGGUCUCCGUGCGGAGCACUCAGGGCCCCAUCGAUGUGUUCCUCUGCCCUGAGGACAGCUCAGGGGUCUGCAGCCCUGUCAAGAGCCCCUUCAAAGCCCCUGCAGAGGACUCUUCUCCCAGCCAUUCCCAGCCCAGAGCCUCCCUGCUCCUGCAUCCUGCCCAGGAUGUGAACAUGCCGCUGCUGCCCGGAGAGCAAGAAGCGCUGCUGCCAGGGCCGAGCACGCUGCCCAGCAAGAGCCCGGAGGAGGAGGAGAGCCUGUCUCCCCUGGCCUCCAUGGACAUGCUGCUGGAGCAGCAGGGCAGGGAGGAGGACUUGGCAGGCUUCUUGGCCGAUGAGUUCAUCAACCUGUCGCCGCCACAGGCGCAGGACUAUCACUUUGGGCUGGAGGAGGGCGAGGGCAUCAGCGAGCUCUUCGACUGCAACUUUGGGGACUUCACCCCCUUGGACUUCUGAAGCUGUGCCUGCCCAGGUGCUCGGGGGAGCUGCCAGGGGAGGGGGCAGCCCUGGCAGGGUGGGCAGGGCAGCUCCUCUGGCUCCAGCACCCGCUGUUCCUCCCCCAUCCCCUUUUGCAAUAUUUUCUCUUUAUCCCUCCAGCCCCCCCAGCCCGGUGGGGGCCAGUGGCAUCCCCAGCUUCAGCCCCACGAGGAGGAUGCCAGGGUGGGGUUCCCAUCUUGAGGGACCCCCCCACAGGGCCCUGAUCAGGGGGAACUGCCCAGGGCAGAGCCACUGCCCCCCAGGAGCCCAUUCUAGAGCUUUAAGCAGUCCUGUGUAUAGAUUAAGGAUUUGAUUAAUUUAUUAUUGUCCCCUGGGGACAGCGUUUCAUUUCCAUGGGGGUUUGGGGGUGGGGGGGCUGUACAGCAGAUGGAGGUGCUGAGAGUUUUUGUUGUGCUGGGAGGGGGUGGUAGAGAUGUGGGGGGUGCUGGGCAUGGGGGCUGCCCACAGCCUGGCUGAGCGUGGGGUAUUUAUUUAUUAUUUAUGGCGUGUGGAGCUCUCCCAGGACAUGGAGGGGCAGGAGGCAGCAGGAGGACAGUGCUGGUGCUGGUGGGACACACAGGGUGCCACCAGGGUCUCACCAGCACAUGCUGGCUUUGCUUGUGUCCAGAACAGGGCUGGCAGGGCCUUGGCUGUGGCAGGUGGGAGCAGGGGUGGGGCUGGUGGCCCUGGGGCCCUGUGUGUGUGUCCCCUCGGGGGACACAGAGGUGUCCAGGGGAGUGUCUCUGCAGGUGAGCACCCAACGCUGUCUCCAGGCUUUCCUUCCCCUCCCUGUGCAGCCUUUUGGCUCUGGCUCCCCAUCCCUGGGCCACCGGGGCUGGGAGAGGAGGGGAGGGGGGUCCUGGGGUCCCCUGGGCCGAGCUGGAGACGCACUUUCACUUUUACUGCCAUUUAACAAGCUUGUGUUCCUCUGAGCUUUGUGUUUAAUAAAGGUUUCUACUGACUCUGCC